AUGAGAUCAUCAGCCAUGUGUGACUACGGCAUACAGAAAGGCUUCUGUAUUCAUAUACGAGCAAUUGAUUCAGGCACUAACAUUCAUAAGUACAGGGUUCAUUGCCUAAUUUCGAAAUCAUCUAACCUAGAGUCAUCCUGGCUCGAACAAGCAAGUCCUUUGCUUGAUAACAGGAUUUUAAAUGUCGAGGCAAUGAUCAGAAAAUGCUUGGAGAAGCGGUUCAUAAUUGCGGAAAUGGCUUUGUCACAUGCGUCGUCACCAUGGUCGUAUUCAUCUCACGAUGGUCUCAUGUUACCAGGACUUACCCACUUAUUUCGCAUAUAUAUAGACUCCUACGAGCACUCCUCUAGAAAUCAAUGCAGUUCAGUUUCUCUCAUCUCUUCAAUCGAGCUGUUUUCAAACCUAUACCAGGGGGAGAGCUCCUUUGACAUCCUACGUACGAUUGUGACCUCUUUGUCACGCCCGAACACCUCAAAGUCGCUCUUUUGCAGCACUUUAGGUAUCUUUCAAGACCAAUCGAGGCGACUCAGUCUCUACUUUAUCAGUCGCAUCAAUCGCAACCUCUACAAUCUCCUGGGUGCGCUACCAGAGCUCUCAGUCGAGUACCUCAAGGACAAACCUGCCCACCACAAGGACAAACUCGUCCACCAUUUGCAGUUAAUUACGACUAUCCAUAGACAUAAUUGUGACAACCAUUCUACCGACUUGCUAUCUCUUCACCUCAGCUAUUGUGAGGUCUAG